AGUAAAGCUAGGAUCAAAGGACAGGAUAGUAAUCAGUGGCUUGGCAUUGUCAAAUGCCCAUAAAAAACCUACUUUGCUGAGAACAUAGAAAGUUUCUGGUCGGCAAAACCUCUUAUAGAAAAUGCCAUUAAACUUUCAUCUCUCUUCCUAUAUCUUCUUCCUCUUUAUUCUAACCUGUUGAUUAUACAACUAACUUCAAGAAGAAGAGAAGCGAGAGUUUUGUUGUGUAAUUAUGGGGAGAGGAAAAAUAGAGAUAAAGAGAAUAGAGAACUCAAGCAACAGGCAAGUGACUUACUCAAAGAGAAGAAAUGGGAUAAUCAAGAAAGCUAAAGAAAUCACUGUUCUUUGUGAUGCCAAAGUCUCCCUUAUCAUCUUUGGUAGUUCUGGAAAGAUGCAUGAAUAUUGUAGCCCUUCUACUACGAUGAGUGAUAUACUGGAUGGUUACCAAAAGACUUCUGGGAGGAGGCUAUGGGAUGCUAAGCAUGAGAACUUGAGCAAUGAAAUUGAUAGAAUCAAGAAAGAGAAUGACAGUAUGCAGGUUAAGCUCAGGCAUCUUAAAGGAGAAGAUAUCAAUUCGCUGAACUACAAAGAGCUUAUGGUUAUGGAAGAAGGCUUACAAAAUGGGCUUUCAAGUAUCAGUGCCAAGCAGUCUGAGAUCUUGAGGAUGGUUAGGAAAAAUGAUCAAAUUCUGGAGGAGGAACAUAAGCAACUUCAAUAUGCUUUGCACCAAAAGGAGAUGGCAGCCAUGGGAGGAAAUAUGAGAGUGAUGCAAGAGGAUGUCUAUCAUCAAAGAGAUAGAGAUUACGAGUACCAGAUGCCAUUUGCUCUACGAGUUCAGCCAAUGCAGCCAAAUCUACAUGAACGAAUGUAACAUUAUAUUAAUUCCACCUCUAUCUGCCCUUUAAAUGAAAGACCCUUAAUAAUUUAGGGUUUGUGCUAGAAAGACUACUCAUAUGACUUUAAUUGUUGCAAGGCAACUUUUCAUCUGGAAAUUACCUAAUGGUUGUACUGACUAUUUAUGGGUCUUCGUAUGGUUUUAAUUUAGUACUCAAAAUGCAAUGUUUGUGCACUGUUAA